GCCUCCUCGUCUUCCUCCGCUGUGCCGCCGCCGCUGUGCCGCCGCCGCCGGUUUGCUGCCGCCGCUGCUUUGCUGCCGCCGCCCAGGAGAGCCAAGGGCAAACAGUCCUCGCGCACCAGGCGCUCGCGCCCUCGCUCGGCUCCCCGACGGUGAGCGCCCAGUGGACAGUGGACGUUGCUGAGGUGCUUUGCGUUUCCUUGCGCAUCUGUACCGGCAGAUUAGUUUCCGAAGCGAUGUCCUUCAGCGAGUCCGAGAUCACCAGGGUGAUCGGCUUUCUCCCGCCGGGAGCGUUCGACCGCGCCGAGACGCAAGCCGUACGCGCAUGGGUCGCUUUCGUCUUGGGAGUCGAUCCCAAGGCAAAAGAAAAACAUCCCGUCUUCCACUACAUCUCGAUGGCCAGGCUCCUGGCGGAGACCGUCGGCACCGCGGUGGUUUUCGCGUCCAAGGCGCAGGUAAAGUGUAAGGGGCAGGUCAGCGGCUGCGGGCCUGGAGGCUCGCAGGGGUCAGAUCCUGGCCUCAGCAACGUUGCUGGAGCACCCGAAGAUUUCGCCGAAGCGCAGGCGGCGGCCUUGAAGAAGGGGCAGCCGAAGGGACUGACCGUCAAUCUGAAAGACCGCGUUAAUGAGCUUG